GUACCUGCUUGAAAGGGCCAAAGCAAAGCUCCAUUGAGGCUACAGGAAUAAAUAAAUGUUCUGGAGAUGGAGAAGGGGACUUCUUUUGGACUUUGUCAUUUGUGUGUCCUCUUGACCAUACUCAUGGCGGUGUUCCCUUGCUCACAAGGAAACUGGAUGUGGCUUGGUGUUACGUCUUUUGGAGUUCCAGAGAAGUUGGGUUGUUCCAACCUUCCUCUAAGUGCUCGGCAGAAAGACAUGUGUAAGAAGAAGCCAUACUUGUUAUCAUCCAUCCGGGAAGGAGCUAGACUAGGAAUUCAAGAGUGUAGGAACCAAUUCAAACAUGAAAGAUGGAACUGCUCUCUUUUACCAACUUUAUAUACUUCUAGUUCUUCCAUGUCCCUUUCUUUUCUGUCAUCAUCAUUAGCCUCAGCUCAGUCAAUCUUUGGCUAUGAGUUAACCAGUGGUACCAAGGAAACAGCAUUCAUCUCAGCAGUGACAGCAGCAGGUCUGGUGCAUUCUGUGACAAGAUCAUGCAGUGCUGGCAAUAUGACGGAAUGUUCGUGUGACACAAGUCUUCAGAACGGUGGCUCAGCCAGUGAAGGCUGGCACUGGGGAGGAUGUUCAGAUGACCUUCAAUAUGGAAUGUGGUUCAGCAGGAAGUUCCUGGACGCCCCUUAUAAAAACUCAUCUGAGUCCGAUAUUCUUAGUGCAAUGCACCUACAUAAUAAUGAAGUUGGAAGACUGGCAGUAGCCAAGCUUAUGACAGUGGAUUGCCGCUGUCAUGGAGUCUCUGGGUCCUGUGCUGUAAAAACAUGUUGGAAAUCCAUGUCUUCAUUUGAAAAAAUUGGUAGUUACUUGAAGGAUAAAUAUGAAAACAGCAUCCAGAUAUCAGACAGGCUGAAACGAAAGGUCCGAAGGAAAGAGAAGAACCAUCGAAAGAUUCCCAUCAAAAAAGAGGAUCUUGUUUACACCAACCGUUCCCCAAACUACUGCGUGGAAGACCAGAAACUGGGCAUUUCAGGGACUCAUGGGAGGGAAUGUAACCGUACUUCCGAAGGACCAGAUGGUUGUAAUUUACUUUGCUGUGGGAGGGGAUAUAACACACACGUUGUUAGACAUGUGGAAAGAUGUGAAUGUAAAUUUGUGUGGUGCUGCUAUGUGCGUUGUAGACGAUGUGAGAGUAUGACAGAUGUCCACACCUGCAAAUAAGUAUUAUGAGAUAAACACUAGCUCAGAGACAGAUGAACGCCUUGAAGACAGUGACAAAACGCAUGUGCU